GACGUCGGGACGUCUUGCAGUAGGAGGAUGGAUCCCGUGUGUAUAUUGUGGUUGCUCCUGUCUGCCUGCGGGCUCGACCUGUCUCAAGCUGUUAACCCCUUUGUGGUACAACAGCUUCCGCCGGACCCUUGCUACGAUGAAAAAGGGGCUCCCCGACGCUGCAUCCCAGAGUUCGUCAACGCCGCGUUUGGAAAGGAAGUGCAGGCCUCCAGCACGUGCGGAAAACCGGCCACCCGUCACUGCGAUUCUUCGGACCCCCGGAAGGCUCACCCGGCCUCCUACCUCACCGACCUCAACACGGCUGCCAACCUGACCUGCUGGCGCUCGGAUACCUUGCACCAUUCACCCCAGAAUGUUACCCUCACUCUCUCUCUGGGCAAGAAGUUUGAGGUGAUCUACGUGAGCCUGCUGUUCUGCUCACCCCGUCCUGAGUCAGCUGCCGUGCUCAAGUCCAUGGAUUAUGGCAAAACCUGGGUGCCGUAUCAGUACUACUCAUCACAGUGCCGGAAGAUCUACGGCAAGCCCAACAAAGCCACCAUCACCAAGCAGAAUGAGCAGGAGGCCUUGUGCACAGAUGGCCACACCGACCUCUAUCCCUUGUCUGGUGGGUUGAUCGCCUUCAGCACUCUGGACGGGCGUCCUUCCGCCCAAGACCUCGACAACAGCCCGGUCCUUCAGGACUGGGUGACGGCCACUGACAUCCGAGUCAUUUUCAGCCGCCCCCAUUUGUUCCGGGAAUUAGGGGGGCGGGACCAUGAGGACGAGGACGGUGGGGUGAGCUCUUCCUCGUACUACUACGCUGUGGGUGAGUUCCAGGUUGGGGGACGCUGCAAGUGCAAUGGGCACGCCUCGCGCUGCACGAAGGACAAGGAAGGCAAGCUGGUGUGCGACUGCAAGCACGGCACCGAGGGCCCCGAGUGCGACCGCUGCAAACCUUUCCAUUACGACCGUCCGUGGCAGAGGGCCACAGCCAGGGAGGCCAAUGAGUGCCUAGCCUGCAACUGUAACCUGCAUGCCCGCCGCUGCCGUUUCAACAUGGAGCUGUACAAACUCUCGGGGCGGAAGAGCGGAGGCGUCUGCCUCAACUGUCGGCACAAUACCGCUGGGCGGCACUGCCAUUACUGCAAGGAGGGCUUCUACCGGGACAUGAGCAAAUCCAUCACUGACCGCAAGGCCUGCAAAGCAUGCGACUGCCAUCCUGUCGGCGCAGCUGGAAAAACCUGCAACCAGACGACUGGCCAAUGCCCUUGCAAAGAUGGCGUGACGGGCUUAACCUGCAACCGUUGUGCCAAAGGUUACCAGCAGAGCCGGUCGCCGGUCGCACCGUGCAUCAAGAUUCCUGCCAUCAAUCCAACCUCUGUGGUCACCAGCACAGAAGAACCAGCAGACUGUGACUCUUACUGCAAGCCAGCCAAAGGCAACUACAAAAUUAACAUGAAAAAGUACUGCAAGAAAGAUUACGUUGUCCAAGUCAACGUCUUAGACAUGGAGACUGUGGCCAACUGGGCAAAGUUCACCGUCAACAUCCUCUCGGUCUACAAGUGCAAAGAUGAGAGGGUCAAACGAGGUGACAACUUCCUGUGGAUCCACAUGAAAGACUUGGCCUGCAAAUGCCCCAAGAUCCAAAUCAGCAGGAAGUACCUGGUCAUGGGCAUCAGCGAAAACCCCACUGACCGGCCGGGACUAAUGGCAGACAAGAACAGCUUGGUGAUCCAGUGGCGGGACGCCUGGACUCGGCGCCUCCGGAAACUGCAGCGGCGGGAGAAAAAGGGGAAGUGCUUGAAACCGUGAUUGGUUUAAGCUCAUGUCAGUUAAUACAUGCCUCCCACCCCUCUCGCCCGUUGAUCCCCUGUGCACUCCGGUCAGCAGACUGUUCCUAAAGACUCUGUACAUAGAUAUAUCAUGUGAAUGGAUGGACUCACCUGUGUAUAGUGUAUAUUUUGGCAAAAGGUUCCUUUUUGUGUGUGCGUCAGGGGCAGGGGUGGGCAAGAGGGAUGAGUGCAUGAAUGCAUGGGUCUUUUUUUAAAAAAAAAUGUUUAUUAAGAGUAACACAGUAACGACAAACCUUUAACAAGGAGCGAAGUGAAGGAAAGGUCUGGUGAGGCCACUUAAUUGAAGAAGUUUCAGAGAAGACAGCUCAGACCUUCUCUGGGCAGGAAUGAAUUACCCACCUUGUCCUUUUUUUAAAAGAAUAUAUAUAUAUAUAUAUUACACAGUCUCUCUGAUUCUGCCAAAUUCCAGAAGGGUAGCCAUGCAGUGGAGGCUGGUGGCUCCGAUGUCAGCGGGGCAGUGUAUCCACUCCGGUUUCAGUCAGAACUCUAAAGGAGCUAUAGGUUACAGCAGGGGAGGGCAGUGGAUCUGGAUAUACUGCUAGAUCUCUGGGAGGCAUACAAUAGAUUGGCAAGGAUUUCUGACUCUCAAUUGUUAAGUGAUAGCAGCAGCAACAUGACUCCAUCCGACCUGAAAUUAUACUGCUGAAAUGAAGAAAGCUUGUGGUAACCAGGAGAGGAUUAUUCUGCAGCAGGACGAUGGGCUUUGUUCAG